AUGGCCCUCACGAAUUCAAGGCCCUUACAGAUCCCUGCACUGGAAAGCGAAAAUUUGCAUAACUCAUCGUCACCAGUCUUCCAACCAAGCUCGCUCAGUAACUCCUCUAAAAGCACAUCAUUCGAAAGUCUGGCAGAACGAAGCAACUCUAGCCUUACAUCUGAGGGCAGUAGUGACCAUGGAGCUUCGGAUACUCCAAUGUCUAGAAAGGACCUUUUGUCGCUAAAGCGUUCUGCAACCGCAUCUCCAGUGCAAUUUACUAGUUCUGGCGCUGGCACUGGAACUGUUUCGGGUGCUGUUUCCGAGCUUUCUAGUAUGGUUCCGGUGACAGGACAACGGCCCAAACCUAAUAAGAAGGACCUUUCUAUGGAUGAUGACGUUUUAUUGGCAAUUUUCGUUAUUCUUUUCGAAAAGGAUCCACGACAAAAGGGUGUUACUGUCAAACAGCUCUGUGACUAUGUCGCCGAAAAGCAUCCCGACAUGGCUGGUGCCUCGACGAAGCUUUCUAAUCUCAUUUCCGCCAAGCUCAAUGCAUAUGUGAAGAAAGUUGAAAAAGGGGAAAAGACAUUGAAGUACGCUUUAUCAAGACAGUGGUCGGAGGGUUCGCCUCGUAGAAUGGUUUACGUUUAUCGUGGCAUACUGGCCCCAGACUACAAAUCACACACGCAGUCCAUGCUAAUGCAGAGACAGGAGUCGAAAACUAAGGUGGGAAAAUCUAAUGGCAGCUCUAAGAAGAGUCAAAAUAGUGCGGCCGCUGCUAACGAGCCCAACUUAGAAGCUGCAUCUACCGACGCUAAGAGUGCGAAUCAAAACGGCCGUCCUUUCGCAAUCAGCAGUAGCUUUGCGGUGAGUUCUUUUGGAAGCGAUUUUAAUAUCCCCUAUGCUGCAUCACCAGUGACCAUGAGGCUUGCUCCCGGCAUGCUAUCCCAUUCAGGGGAACCUGCCAAAGAUGCUCAGCCUAUGCCGGCUUCUAAUGAGCCAGCUACUAAUGAGCCAGCUACGAAAAAACAAAAGACAUCAUCAGACUCACAGCCAGUUGUUGCAGCCUCGAUGCCCUACGUUACGGCCGCUGCUGCUGCUCCGCGUCUAAACAAAUCGACGCCGAGGAAAAGCGUAGGAGCCCAAGAAGCUGCCAAUGCUGCAGUGGCUAGCAUUCAAAAAUUCAUCGUCACUCACAAGCCGGUGGAAUCCACUUUGACCAAGUCAAACAGCAGCUUUGCGAAUGGAUGCUCAACAGGGCUCACGUGCGGCUCAUGGCUUCAGACUGUUCGUUCAGGCUUUCUACUGGAAGAAAUAGACUCUCCCGAGGCUCUUUCCGUCGAAGACUUUGAAGGCUUUUUCAAAUGA